AUGGACACACCUUGGGCGCCCGCAGCGCAAUCACGAGAUCAAGGUCUCCGUACGAUGGUCCCCUCCGCCGGCAACGAGGCCCGCGACAUGAGGGUGCAGCGCGCUGCCGCGGCCGCGCGGCAGGACGACGCGUCCGCGCCGGGGGGGCAGCGGGUCCGGGCGGAUGAGGACGCGAGCGAGGACGAGACGCCGCGCUUCCUGCGCGACGAGCGCCCCGGCAAGGACUGCGAGGGCCCUCCCAUCGCGCUGCCGCCCUCCCAGGGGCCCGACGCAGCCGAACACCCCCUGGGCGUGAGCGUCUCGACGGUCCGCGUCCUCGCCGAGCGCACCGGCGCCGUUAGUCCCGCUUCGAGCGGCGCGGGCGCGGGCCCCUCCGACGGGCCUAGCACGGGCGCCUCCAGCGGGUCCUGCGCGUCAGACGAGGCGCCCGCGCCCUCCGCCGCGCCGGACACGCCCUCGUCCAGCGAUGGCUUCGUCGCGGACGUCCUCGGCGGCGCCUUCAGCGAGAGUGAGGCGUCGGAGGGUGCGCCGAGCCCGCAGCAGGGGCGAGCGGAGCCGCUCACGCCGCUGGACCUGGCCGGCUGCCCCGCGCGCCUGCCGAGGGCCCGCGGCCGGAACUCCGCGGACGCCUCGCCGGCGGGCGGGGCCGUGUCGCUCCGCGGCGCGGAUGCCCACACCGACGCUGCGGGGAGUGCGACGCAGCACAGCUGCCCACCGAGCCCUGCGGGCGCAGCUGCGCACGCGGAGAGCGCACCGCCGCGGCCGGGCUUGCCGCCUGUCCCCGGGGAGCGCGCGCACGGCGCGGCGGCGGCCCGGUGGUCGCUGGAGCAAGUCAGUGCGGAGGGGGGGUCGAGGUCCAGUGCGCGCGUCUCCCCGGCGGCCCUCAACACCGUCGCGAGCACCGCGUCGGUCCUGGAGGCGGUCGACGGGCCCGCCGUCGUCGCGGCGCCGCCGCAGCUCGAGAUCCCAGGCCACGGGGCGGGGGCGAGCGGCGGCGAGGCUCGCGAGGCGGCGGCGAGCGAGCCGGACAGCGCGUCCUCGAGCGUCCUCGUCCGCGCGCUGAACUGCCUGUGCGGGCCCGAGGGCGGCGUCGAGCGGGACGCCCCGCGGCGUUCCCAGACCACGGUGCGGCGCACGGCGGAGAUCGUCGGCACGCCCACGCCCGGGCAGCGCACGCUCUGGUCGACGCAGAUGGUCACGCUGCGCGAGGACGGCGAGGUCAUCGUCCAGAGCCGCGGCUGCCUGAGCGCGGCGCUGAACUUCAUGUGCGGGCCGCGGGGGGGUCUGUCGGCGCAGGACUGGGUGGAGAGCGUGAUCGCGCACGAGGAGGCGCGGAUCCAGCGGCACGCGGGGCGGUACGUGAACCCGGCGUGGCGCGCGAUCCACGGCAACGUGCACGUCCGCGUGCGCGUGCGGCCGCGCGGCGUGGCGGAGGCGGAGGCAGCAGCGGCGGCGGCGCGGGGGGCCGGCGUGUCGCGGCUGACGGAGGGGCAGCGCAUGACGCUGCUGCGCGACCACGUCAAGGUGUUCUACUACGCGCAGUACGAGGUGUCGGACGGGAACGUCGCGCACACGCGGCACGGGAGCUUUGCGGAGGACUGCCGGUCGAUGUGCACGCGGCGCAGCUCGCGGAUGAUCAACUUCGACACCGAGGACCUGGCCGAGGACCACCCGGGGGACUUCGGCGGCGACCUGGACGACCAGCUCAUGUGCGUCGUGUGCCAGGACUACCUGGAGGACGGCGACACCGUGGUGCGCCUGCCGUGCAAGCACAUGUACCACUGGGACUGCUUCCGCGGGUACCUCGAGCACCGGAGCACGACGGACCACCGCUGCCCGAUCGACAACGCGAUGCUCGCGGACAUGAUCGCGGACGACGAUGCCGACAGCGCGCCUGCGCCUGUUGAGGCCGAGGAGCCGCGAGCGCUGCCGGCGGAGGUGGCCGCGGACGUGUUGUGA